GUGCUGCACGCCUGGGCGCAGUCACCGCCAAGAACCAACCUGUGGAACGCGUCGAUGCAUCAGGACUUUGGGUGCGUUACGAUUUGCAUCUAGGUCCGCAACAGUGUACUUAACAUGUGUGAAAAAACGUAAGAUUUAACUGCGCUUACGUCACGCUAGGUGUGUGGUUCCGCCUCAAGGCACAUCUACGCGUAUAAGAUCGUGUGAUCGCAGCCGAUUCGUGCUCUUUUCCUUUUUUCUGGCUCGGUAGUUGCUUUUGUCGGGAUCUGCGUGGACGGCGAAGCUUCUGUACUUGACUACUUGAUCUUGCUUUGAUAUGAUAGUUCGGCAUUUUUAUUUUUAAAAGCGCCAGCUGAUUUUCUAUUCUUUCACGAAUCUCUGCGCAACCGUGGAGGUCGUGCAUGAGGCUGGAAAAGCAGGCUUAUCAACGACAAGUUAGAACAAGCCCACUGGCGCUGCUGUCGUGUUCUAAAGCGAUCCUGCUUCUCUGACCAUAAAUUUGGGUCGAUUGUACAAAGUAACCUCACUGUUUGCGUGGACUUGCGAGCUCCGGCCUGUAAGAAUCCUUUCUCCACUUCCGGGAUCCUUCGUUCUCAACUAGGAAGUAACUUCUUAAACCGGUACCAUAGCUAUAGGAUUUAUUUCAACGUAUGGUUCCAUUAGUUUGGACAAGCGAGCCAUCACGCAUUUUUCGCCGGAGGAAACGUCGAAAUCGAAUAUGACCAGCGGAGACGAAGCGGAAACGAGACCCAUGCGGACUCACGUUCGCGACUUCCAGUGCGGCCUCGGUUCAUGGCGUCCCAAGUGGUUGCAAACGUUCGCGUCACCGCGGUGCCUGUUCUUCUUCCUCAACCUGCUGGCGAUGUGUCAGUCGGCCUACAAGGCUUACACCAUGGGAGCCCUGUCGACGCUGGAGCGCCGGUUCGGCCUGUCCUCCAAGUCGAUCGCCAUCAUACUCGUUGCCGAAAGCAUCAGCCCCAUAUUCUUCGACAUUCCGAUGGGUUACGUCGCCAGCUGGAUCAGCCGGCCGAAGCUUCUCUCCCUCGGCAUGAUGGUCGUCGGGUGCAGUUCCUUGGUCGUGGCCCUGCCGUACGUCAUCUUCGGGCCCGCGACUCACCUGCUCGCCGACGAAGGCGAGUACAGACAGCCAGCGGAUUUUGCCAGCCUUGAGUUCUGCGGUGCUGGAGGCGGCGGUGUGGUAAACAUGAGUCCCGACUGCACGACCCAGGUGACAGAGAGUUACCUGCCGUUCAUAAUUCUAUUCGUGGCGUCUUUUUUGAACGGAUUCGGUCAGAGCGUCCUCCAUGUCGCCGGGAGCAGCUACAUUGACGACAGCGUCAAGAAAAAGAGUUCACCGUUGUAUUUCGGAGCAAGCUAUUCUCUCAGAUCCAUUGGACCUGCACUGGGUUUUCUCGGCGCCAGUCUGUGCCUGUCUUUCUAUGAAGACCCUUUCUUGAGUCCCGACAUCCCGACGACAGACCCGCGAUGGAUAGGUUGCUGGUGGCUGGGCUACGUGUUCUGGGGCUGCCUGCUACUCCUGGCCAGCGUACCAGUGCUGCUAUUUCCCAAGGUGAUGCCGGCCCGGCUGCCGGACCCACCGCUGGUUUUCAAGAAACGCGCCGAUUCGAGCCACCUUUCGGAGAUCGGCAAGUCGCUCACCCGGCUACUGCGGAAGCGUGUAUACGUGCUCCAGCUGUUCGUGUCGAUGCUGAUGGUGAGCGGACUGCAAGGCUACACCAUGUUCUCGGCCAAGUACAUGGAAGUGCAGUUCCGAAACUCGGCGGCCCGAGCGAGCGCCUUCGCUGGGCUCGUAUCAUCCGUGUUCAACAUCACGAGCUUCCUGGUCUCUGGCCUACUGAUCCACCGCCUGAGGCCAGCACCCCGGGUGCUGGCCUGGUACAACGUGGUGGUCACCUUCGCUGUCUCCUGCGGCUUUGCUGUGGCGAUGCUCAUCAAGUGCGAGUACGGCACCAUGCCCGGAGUUUCACUCGUCCAGGGAAAGCUUGACCUGUAUAACCAGUGCAACGACCAGUGUGACUGCACUCUUCAGAGCUACCAGCCUGUGUGCGAACCCGUUGGGGGCACCAUGUACUUUUCACCCUGCUUUGCUGGCUGCCAAAUGCCGGCCGGUGAGUUCGGAGCCAACCUGACUAAGCUGACUAACUGCAACUGCCUCAAAACUUUCGACGACAGCGACUUCUUCUCGGGCAACGCGGUGGUGGGCUUCUGCAAGGGAACCUGCCCCAUGUUUGUGCAGUUCAUCAUUAUAGUCUCACUCAUCCACUUCAUGGGCGUGUCCACGUCCGUGAGCCACACGCUAUUUAUGCUCCGGAGCAUAAGUCCCAGUGACAAGACCAUCGCUCUUGGACUGGCGAAUGCGCUGGCGAAUCUGCUGUCGUACAUCCCUUACCCGCUCAUCUACGGUUCUGUGAUCGACGGGUCGUGCCAGGUGUGGGAAAGCGCCUGCGGCACCAGCGGCAACUGCUGGCUCUACGACCUGGGACAGCUGCGACAUUCCUACUUGGGCACGUCGGCUGGCUUCCUCUUCGUGUCCGGACUCUUCUCAAUCGCCGUUGCGGCUGUGGCGGGCGAUCUGAAGGACUUCUACGGAGAAGCCUACCUACAGGUUCCAAACUUCGGCGCGCCAGACUUCGAGCCUCCCAGGAACGGCGUGACAAAGCAGAAGAAAGCGGACGUCAAGCAAGGAUCGAAGGGACCCAUCCCUAACUGACCGCCGACGCCUGCUCAGAAGCACCUGCCGACUGUGACAGUUCGUGAAGUGUCAUGACAUGAGCUAUCAUUGAAGUGCGAUAACAUGAACUGUCAUGUCAAAGUACGGGGAAUAAGAGCUGUAAUUGAUUCGUGCGCGUCGGGACGCUGCGGCGGAGGGCGUUCCCGUGAGGACGACAGUGGUGGGGAAAAAACCGGAGCAUAAACUUCAAUAGCUGCGCAAUCUGUUCGGGGAAAUCGGUUUCUAUUUUCAGGGCCAUUAACAUCAUAUACCGUUGUCGUGGCUUGCGUUUUUACAAGCAUGUUCAUCAUGCUGUCAUGGCCGUUCUUAUAUUCCGCCGAAUUAGAAUGCGCUUUUUCAUUUCCUGCGCUAUAAGCGUGACUUGGAUGCUCGCGGCCCGACUCCGUCGAUUCUCGCAGAUUCGGCCCACGUGCGACGCGGAUGUUGAAAAUCGAGGUUCGCUUAUGCAUGUCAUCCCAUUGCACCGCGUAAGAGGGUGACUCACGCUCGGCGUAAAUCGCGCUGAAGAUUUCACUUAGUGUCAUAUCACUGAUAUCGCAGGCGCUUAUAACGCAAAUCUUACGCGGUUAUCUUGUACGUUCUAGUCAAACCGACGCGUUAAAUAACUCGAAACGGGGAAGUUCGAACACUAUAGCGACUUAAUCAUUGCUUUUUUGGCAAUUUACAGUAUCUCGCUUGCACCAGUAAGCAUACGCGAAAGCAAUGACAUCGACGAGGUGUGCGUCAUCGAGUUCGUUGACCUUGGUCUGGAUUACACAGCCCCAUCCGUCUAGCUGGCGCUGCUGCAUGCAUUUGAUACAGGAAGUGGGUACCGUUCCUGUUUGUACUCGUUUACCCUGUGCCGUGCCUAAAUGCAAUGUGGUCCCACGCUACACAAAGCUACCAUCUUACGGUAAGUAGAUGACCUGCAUACCUCGCAAGCGAAGCGGAUAAAAAAUCGCUAUAGGGGGUACGUGUCCAAAAAAAAAAAAAAACGCCGGCCAUGCUGCCACCGGCCCUCUCUACCGCGGCCUGUUUGGCGCGAUAGCACGGCUUUCAAGAUUGGUUUCCAUUACUGUGAGGGAUUGCAGCUGAUCGCGGCUGACGCUGCAUGCCCAUGCGGAGAAAUCUGUAUAUAGUAUAAUUUUUCAAUGUUUGGUCACGUUUGCGAAGGUAACGCAGUUACGAGGACCAUGCUCGACAUACGUAAUUGUUGUCGGGUUAUUGUAAUUGAAUGUGACUUAUUUGUUGUUCAUUGUGACGAUGUUUCAAAAGCCUUCGUGUGCACUGCAGGCCGAUGCUGCAGUAGCAUUUGCUACCGAUGUUUUUUGCUGUUGGUCUGUGAUGCAGACCUUUAGUUAAUAAAAGGAGCCGCCAACGGCUGAGUUUAGGCGAACGAGAACAAAAGAGUAAACUGUUUAUUUCUCAGAA